AUCAUGGGCGCCGUCAACUGUCUCCUUACCUACGUCUCCACCUUUACUUUCAACUGCGUCGCACACAGACAGAUCCACAGAAUCCGCGACCUGUACUUGAGGUCUGCGCUACGGCAGGACAUGGCGUGGUACGACGAGCAUCAGGCGGGAGACUUCGCCAGCCGCAUGUCAGGGAAUCUGUCAAAGUUGGAAGACGGGAUCGGGGAGAAGGUAGUGGUCUUCGCCACCAACAUGGUGGGCUGCGUCGGCUGCGUGUUGCUGGCCCUGGUGCGUGGCUGGGAGCUGGCUCUCGUCUGCCUGCUAUCCCUGCCUGUGUGCGUGGGCUCGCUCAUAGCCACCGACGUUUACUCGUCUCGCCUCGCGGACCAGGAGGCGGAUGAAGAAGGCAAAGCGGGCGCCAUAGCUGAGGAGGUGUUCGCCGCCAUCCGCACCGUAGUCGCUUUCGAAGGACAGGACAAGGAAGUCGAGAGGUACAGCGAAAAACUGCAAAGUGCCGUUAAUAUCAGCAAGAGAAAGCACUUCGUAAAUGGAAUAAACGACGCAAUCUCGUGGAUCUCAAUGUUCGGCGGGUACGCUCUGGCUUUCUGGUAUGGCGUGGAGCUCAUCAUCAGAGACAAAGAUUAUCCUGAGAGUCAAAGAACUUACGACGCUGGCACUAUGAUUGCUAUUUUCUAUUCGGUGAUGGACACGUCGUGGGUGUUCUCUGCGGCGACUCGUCACUUUGAGGCCUUCUCCACCGCUAGAGGCGCCGCCGCCAAGAUAUUUGCCGUCAUAGACCGCGAGUCGCCCAUCGACAGUCUGUCUGACGAAGGAGAAAGGCCACACUACGCCCGAGGGGACAUUGCCUUCAACGACGUCCACUUUGAAUAUCCGUCACGUCGAGGUGUCAAGGUCCUUCAAGGCCUCAAUCUGAAGAUCAAAGCUGGCCAGACGGUGGCGCUUGUCGGAAGUUCCGGCUGUGGGAAGUCCACGUGCAUCCGACUCAUCCAAAGAUUCUACGACUCUCAAAUCGGUUCGGUGGAACUGGACGGCCGCGACUUACGGACGCUGAACGUGGGCUGGCUGCGCUCGCAGAUCGGCGUGGUAGGCCAGGAGCCGGUACUCUUCCAGACCACCAUAGCGGAGAACAUCCGCUACGGGCGAGAGGACUGCGCCAUGGAGGACAUUGUGGAGGCUGCCAAGACAGCUAAUGCUCACGGAUUCAUCUCUAAGCUUCCGCAGUGUUGUUACCAGGGCUACGACACGCUGGUAGGAGAGCGCGGGGCCCAGCUGUCGGGCGGCCAGAAGCAGCGCAUCGCCAUCGCCAGGGCGCUGGUGCGCCGCCCCAAGAUCCUGCUGCUGGACGAGGCCACCUCUGCUCUGGACACCGGCAGCGAGGCCAAGGUGCAGGCAGCGCUGGACAAGGCCAGCGAAGGACGUACGACGGUCAUUGUAGCACAUCGGCUGUCGACAAUACGCAAUGCGGACAGAAUCUUCGUGCUGUCUGGAGGGGUCGUGGUCGAGGAGGGCAGCCACGACCAGCUGAUGGCGCUUAGGAGUCACUACCAUGCACUCGUCACUGCUCAAGUGAAGCCUACUGAAACCGGCGAACGCAUGGAAGAUCGUCCGGUCCUGGAGCGGCUGCAGAGUGAGCAAUGCGACGGCUCCUCGGUGGUGGGCCGCAGGGGGUCGGCAGCUGACGUGUCGGAAAAUACGGAAGAGGAUGAAGGGGAUGGGGCGGAGGGGGUGGGGGUGCGUCGCGCGGGCGUGCUGCCCGUGCUGCGCCUCAGCGCCCCGGAGUGGCGCCUGCUGGCCACGGGGACGCUUAGCGCGCUCGUCGUGGCCGUCGGCUUCCCCAUCUUCAGCAUCUUCUACGGGGACGUCAUUGGGGUCCUUUCUCACCCGGACCCUGCUGUUGUCCGCAGUCAGACAUACUGGUACUGCGCCGUGUUCAUCGUGACAGCGGUCAUCAUGGGCGUAAGCUCUUUCCUGCAGAUGUACACCUUCGACGUCGCCGGGGACAGGCUGACGAUGCGACUGCGCAAACUCACUUUUUCGGCGAUGCUGCGGCAGGAGGUGGCCUGGUUCGACGACAAGAACAACAGCACCGGAGCGCUCUGCGCCAGGCUGUCCACGGAUACUUCUGACGUGCAAGGGGCUACAGGCCAGCCUAUCAGCUCCGUGGUGCAGGCGCUGGCGACGCUGGUGCUCUCUGUCGGAGUGUGCCUGUACUACGAGUGGCGGCUGGGGCUGAUGGCGGUCGCCUUCAUGCCCGUCCUCAUGGCGUCCGACCACUACGAUGCCCGCGUAGAGGAGGCCGGGGACGAGCGCAUUCGAAAAUCCGUGGAGAAAGCCACCAAGGUGGCAGUGGAGGCUGUUGGUAACAUCCGCACGGUGGCGGGUCUCUGCCGCGAGCGUCAGUUCCACGCCCAGUACCUGUCAGAGUUGCGGCCAGCGUUGCAAGUCGCAGAGCGCCACACGCACCUGCGUGCCGCUGUCUACAGCCUCUCUCGGAACAUUGGCACAUUCACCUACGCCGCAUGCAUGUACUAUGGAGCAACACUCGUCCAUACAGACGGCGUCCCCUACCAAGACGUCUACAAAGUGGCAGAAGCUUUGAUGUUGGGAACCGGCACCAUCUCAAGUGCGUUCUCCUGCACCUCGAGCCUCAGGAAAGGUCUAAGAUCCGCUUCAAGAAUCUUCACUUUAUUGGAGCGUCGACCUUUGGUAACGGAUCCCCACGAGCUCACAAAUGAUAAGUGGACGGUGGAAGGGAAGGUGCGCUACUCGGACGUGGAGUUCAGCUACCCGACGAGGCCCGAUUCUCUCGUCCUGAGGGGCCUGGACCUGCUUGUGAAGCCCGGUCAGACCGUGGCGCUGGUGGGUCUCUCAGGCUGUGGCAAGUCCACCUGCGUACAACUGCUGGAGAGGUUCUACGACGCCACCUCCGGUACUGUGGUUCUCGGUGACCGUGAGGUGUCCAAAGUCAAAAUGUCGUCCCUGAGAUCGCAGCUGGGGCUGGUGCAGCAAGAGCCUGUCCUUUUUGACAGGACGAUCGGCGAGAACAUAGCUUAUGGUGACAACAGCCGCGACGUACCCAUGGAUCACAUCAUUGAAACUGCUAAGAAAGCGAACAUCCACAAUUUUAUAGAAACAUUACCUGAGGGUUACAAAACACUUGUGGGAGACAAAGGUGCUCAACUAAGUGGGGGCCAGAAACAGCGAGUGGCAAUUGCAAGAGCCUUGCUUCGCAAUCCUAGUGUCCUUAUAUUGGAUGAAGCAACGUCGGCACUGGACUCUGAUAGUGAAAAGGUUGUGCAAGAGGCACUCAAUAAGGCGAAAGAAGGGCGAACUUGCAUCACAAUCGCACACAGGUUGUCAACAGUUCAAGAUGCAGAUACUAUAUGUGUCAUCAAUAACGGAAAAGUUGCUGAGAUGGGAAGUCACGCAGAUCUGCUAGCAAAGCGUGGCACCUACUACAAACUUCAGUGUCUUCUGCCUACUUAACAACCUUUGGAAAGAACAUCAUUGAUUGGUAAAUGAAUGUCUCACAA